UUGGAUCCUGAUCUAUUUCAUCAUUUGGAUUUUUCUGCCUAAAGAAAAUAAACAACCUAACUAAAACACAGAAACCAUUUUUAAUAUUUUGAUAUUCAUCCUUCCAGAAGCUCUUCAUAUAAACUCAGGGCUAAAUGCUGAAGGUGGCAACGAUGACAAUGUGGACGUUCCUGCUUGUGCUGUUUGGAGCGUCUGUCUCAACUGCAAUGAUUUCCAGAUCCCAGACUGAUACUCCACUCCCAUUGGACAUGGCUCCGGACUCUGUCGAUGACAUGUACGAAGGCUGCGAAAAGGAGAUGGCGGACAAAGUAAAGACAGAGUUUUUGGCCAGCGAGAAAAACAUGAACAACAAUUUUAAACUAGUUUGGGACGAAGCGGAGAAACACUACAAUAAGAAAUGGAAGCCCAAGCUUAGGAAGAAAAGACCCCAAACCCUGGAGAAAGAAGAAAACAUGGCCAUCUAUGCUUACACUCUGGACAAACCAGAAAUAUUCACUGAAUUCAACAGCGCGGUGCGAACGCAGAGGGCUCAGUACAAGAAAACGUUUCAGUAUCACUCACUGCACUUCUUCCUGACGGGCGCUGUCAGAGCUCUCAACGCUCGUGAAAGAUGUCUUACCGGUUACCGCAGGGUCAACAGUAAAUUCAAGCUGGAGGGCGUUCUCAACAAAGAAAUUCGCUUUGGCUCUUUCACCUCGAGCUCGAUGGGAACGUAUCCCCGCAAAGAAAAAUUUGGCGAUGAGACCUGUUUCAAGAUUCACACCUGCUUCGGAGCAGACGUCUCACUGUACUCCAAGUUUGGAGAAUCCGAGGGAGAAGUCCUGGUUCCUCCAUAUGAAAUCUUUAAAGUUACAGCCAUAAAGCACAGAUCAGUCAACAACAACCUCCCAUGUAAAGUUGAGUUGGAACUGAAGAGCACAGAAAAGACUCUGUCCAACCUAAACUGCAUGAUCAUUAAAAAUGAUUUCCAAUUUUAGUGAUGCAGAAGAGCAGAUUAGAUUUACACACCCGCCACUUGUCAGGAUGGCAAAGCAUUUAAAUAUAAACUCUGCUAUUAUUUCUGAUUCUUAUCCGUCUUAUUACUACUUUAUUAUCAAAAAAGCAUUUUUAAAUUCGAAUAAAAGCUAAUACAUGCAUAGUUUCACCAUCAUAAACAUCAAGACCAUUUUAUGAAAUCAGGUCAAACAUGGCUUUAGAUGUAUUUUUGCUUUUAACUGAUGUUUAAAAAUGUUUAAAAAAAAAACACGCUA